AUUGGUGAACAAAAUGGGUGGUCAAAUUGGUGACACGCCCGUCAUAGGUGCUGGAACAUAUGCCAAUGAAUUUUGUGCAGUUUCUGCAACAGGAAUAGGCGAAGCAAUAAUCCGCGUGACCGUAGCAAGAGAUGUGGCUGCAAUAAUGGAAUUCAAAGGCCUUUCUUUAAAGGAAGCUGCGGAUUUUGUUGUACAUGAGCGCACACCAAAAGGAGCUGUUAGUUUGGUUGUUGUAUCUGCUUCAGGUGAAGUUGCAAUGUCUUAUAAUACAACAGGUAUGUUUAGAGCAUGUGCUACUGAAGAUGGGUAUUUUGAAGUUGCAAUUUGGACAAAUACCAAAGUUGAGUGAUUUAGAGAGUUUUCUGAUUUGCAAACU